GGACGUGCACGGUUUGGCGGAUAAUGGAAAUAGUAGAGCAAGUUAGCCAUUUAAAGAGGCAGUUGUGAGUUGUGCGAGCCAGCAAAGGGAACCUACUUGGUGAGGGUGAACGGUGUGAUAAGCGGAGGUGUGUGCGCGACCACCCUUCCGGUUAGUGAAUACGUGCGAGUAUAUGCGAGAGAGCGCGCAAGCAGUCAGUGCGGGAGAUAAGCGAGAGCGCGCACACGUUGUGAGUGCAUUGCUUCGUGGUGUUUGGGUAGACAGCGGUGUUGGUUUGGGUGUCGCUUUCGCUGCCGGUGUCGAUGUCUAAUGUCGGUGGAAGCUAUUGGACGACACAGGCGACUUCGUAAAUGUCAAGUGUAAUGCCACAAUCGCAAUUGCUUGCGCCUAUCAAGCAGCAGUAACAGCAACAGCAACAACGUAAGCGGCAAACAAUUGGCGAAGAGUGUGAGUGGUGAGUGAACGAGCGCGCGGAAAACGGAAACGGAAAGAACCAAAGCAGCGGCGAAAUACAUACAUACAUACGCUUAUAAGCGAAGUGAAUUUGUGUGUGUAUGUGUGCUAGAAAUGUAACGCGCGACUUUCGCAAAGCAUUCGCCAUCGUGAACGCUGCUGCAAUUGCAUUGCACUGAUUGUGUUCGAGUGCUGAGUGAGCAAUAAAAAAUCGCAAUCGAAUUGCAUUGAAAGGCGCGCGAGUGGUAAUUAUAAAUUUCACGUUACUUUAAAGGAGUUCGUGGCUUUAAUCAGUGUGCGAGUGACAAGCGAUGCGGAAAGUUCAAGUCGCUGCAAAUCGGUAAAUAUUUGUAAAUGGCCAGUGAAGUGAGCAAAUCACAUACAUACAUACUUAAAUAUCUGGUAUGUUUACAAGAUUUGAGCGUUGGCGAAGUGUGACGGUGCGCAUAGUAUAAUAGAAUUUCAGUGAAAACAAAAAAGUGCCAAAUUUGUUUACCACAUACAUAUUCAUACUUACAAGAGGCCAAAUUUGGUUAAACAAAAGGUGCAAACACGAAACCAAAUAUAAUUGGAAGAUCUGUGUGUGUGCGGUGAUCUGCUUUGAAAGUGUAAAGUUCAAAUUUAUUUCAACUGCCAAAUAGUGAGUUUCAAAGAAAUAAACCGAAAGUAAAGAUAAGGGUGUAAAUCAAAAACAUCACCUGACGAGAUAUACCUAAAAGUAACAGGAAGUGCAGGGAAUAGACACAGUGUUGGUGAUAAUAUUUCACUUAAAGAUUUGCGAGUGAUUUGGGAAUUUGAAUAUAAGAGUUGUGAAUAGAUACCAAAAUCAAAAGAAAUAAGGGAAAGUAUAUACUAAAUUGUACUAAAUUAAAGUUCAAAUUAACUAAACGGCGAUUGCGCUAUUUUAAUCAAUAAAAAACAAAAAAAUUGUGUAAAGCGGCAAAUUUCCUGAAAGCGGCACCAAGUCGGAGCAACUAGAAUCAAGGCAGCCGAAACAAAUAAGAAUUACAAAUCCUAAAACCGCGCGUAAAGACAACCAAAACAAAGCCAUGAGGACAAGUUGCCAUAUUCUUGUGCUUUUGCUUCUAUCACAUCUCGAUGCCACUUUGGCCGAGGUCUUCGACACACAUCUGCGCGGUCCCGGCUUCGUAAUGGAGCCGCCCGGUCGGGUUGAAUUCUCCAACUCGUCUGGCGGUUGGCUCGACUGUUCGGCGUCCGGCAGCCCACAGCCCACCAUCGAUUGGGUGCACGCGGACGGCACUGCAGUCUCGGAAAUUCACGGCGUGCGACGUGUACUGCGCAACGGCACGUUGGUGCUCUUACCAUUUCCGGCGGCGGCCUACCACCAAGACGUGCACAAUACGAUUUACCGUUGCAUCGCCAGCAACAGUGUAGGGCGCAUCGUGUCGCGCGACGUGCAAGUGCGUGCCGUUGUUGCGCAGGCAUAUAAAGUGGAUGUCGAGGUGCUGUCUGCCGCCCGAGGAUGCACCGCCAUACUGCGCUGUGUCGUGCCGACGUUCGUUAAGGAAUUGGUGCGAGUGGUCUCGUGGGUUCAUGAACCUGCUAUCUACAUCUACCCAUCACUGCAAGGAGAUGGUAAGUUCCAUCUACUGCCGACCGGAGAGCUGCUCAUUCACAAUCUGCAGGAGAGCGAUGAAUCACAGUCGUUUCGCUGUCGCAGCAUGCACCGUUUGACGCGUCAAGUGGUCGUCAGCUCCCCAACUCGUCUCAGAAUAAACUCUCACCGUGGCAUUAUUUCACCGAGCGUCGUCGAACAUACCUCCCAUGUACAAGUGUCACAAGAUGAGGGUGCUGUGCUGUUAUGCGUAGCUCAGGGCUGCCCUUCGCCGGAGUACAACUGGUACACCCAUAACGGCCCCGGCCCACUGCCUGUGCUUAGCGGGCCGCGUGUUCGGCUGCUCGGUCCCAUACUCGCCAUUGAGGCGGUGACGAGUGAAGAUUCGGGUGUUUAUAAAUGCACCGCCAGCAAUGUGGGCGGCGAGGCGAGCGCCGAAUUGCGACUCUCUGUUGCCACGCCCAUUCAAGUGGAGAUCUCACCGAAUAUACUGAGCGUACAUAUGGGCGGCAACGCGGAGUUUCGCUGCAUUGUGACCAGCAACGGCAGUCCGGUCGGUAUGCAGAAUAUACUUUGGUACAAAGACGGACGACAGCUGCCCUCAUCGGGCCGCAUCGAGGACACACUAAUGGUGACGCGUGUAAGCCGUGAAAAUCGCGGCAUGUACCAGUGUGUGGUGCGACGACCCGAAGGCGACACCUUUCAGGCGACAGCGGAGUUGCAACUAGGAGAUGCGCCGCCAGUGCUGCUUUAUAGCUUCAUCGAACAAACGCUGCAGCCGGGACCGGCUGUGAGCUUGAAGUGCUCGGCAGCCGGAAAUCCAACACCGCAAAUUUCAUGGACACUGGACGGAUUUCCACUCCCAUCAAACGGAAGAUUUAUGAUUGGGCAAUACAUCACUGUCCACGGCGAUGUAAUUAGUCACGUCAACAUUAGCCAUGUCAUGGUGGAAGAUGGCGGCGAAUACUCCUGCAUCGCGGAGAACCGUGCGGGGAAGGUGCAGCAUGCGGCACGUUUAAAUAUUUAUGGUCUACCCUACAUCCGCCUCAUACCGAAAGUAACUGCCGUGUCGGGUGAAACCCUAAACUUGAAGUGUCCCGUAGCUGGCUACCCCAUCGAGGAGAUACAUUGGGAGCGCAACGGCCGCGAACUACCAGAUGAUAUCCGGCAACGCGUGCAGCCGGACGGCUCGCUGACCAUCACACCGGUGCAGAAAAACACCGAUUCGGGCGUGUACACAUGCUGGGCGCGCAACAAGCAGGGCCACAGUGCACGGCGCAGUGGCGAAGUCACAGUCAUAGUUCCUCCUAAAUUGAGCCCCUUUCAGACGUCGAUUCUACAGCUAAAUAUGGGCGACCGGGCAUCGCUCACCUGUUCAGUGGUAAAAGGUGACUUGCCGCUGACCAUCUCCUGGCGGAAGGACAACAGGCCGAUCGAUCCGACGCAGCAUAUGUCCGUGAAGCAGGUGGACCAGUACAACAGCAUUUUGGUCAUAGAAACGCUCGGCUCCGAUCACACCGGCAACUACUCAUGCGUCGUGCGCAAUUCAGCAGCCGAGGUAGAGAACUCUCAAGCGCUGCUGGUCAAUGUGCCGCCACGUUGGAUUGUCGAGCCGGCCGACGCAAAUGUGGAACGCAACCGUCACAUCAUGUUGCAUUGUCAGGCGCAGGGCGUGCCAACGCCUAGCAUCGUUUGGAAGAAGGCUACAGGUAGCAAGUCGGGAGAGUAUGAGGAGGUGCGAGAGCGACCUUUCACCAAGCUGCUGAGCAAUGGCUCACUGCUGCUUCAACACGUCAAGGAGGAUCGUGAGGGUUUCUAUCUGUGCCAAGCGAAUAACGGCAUCGGCACCGGCAUCGGGAAGGUUAUACAAUUAAAAGUUAACUCCUCGCCGUACUUCUCAUCCACUUCACGCUCGGUAAUGGUGAAAAAAGGUGACACUGCACUGCUGCAAUGCUCCGUCAGCGGUGACAAACCGAUUAAUAUCGUUUGGAUGCGUUCGGGCAAAAACACACUGAAUCCAUCAACAAAUUACAAAAUUUCGGUGAAGCAGGAGGCCACGCCCGACGGUGUUUCUGCCGAGCUGCAGAUACGGAUGGUGGAUGCCAGCGAUAGUGGACCGUAUUUCUGUCGCGCCAGCAAUCUGUAUGGCAAUGAUCAGCAGUUGGUGCAGCUGCAAGUGCAGGAGCCACCGCAACCGCCCACUGUUUUGGAGGCGGCCAUGAUUUCCAGCCGUUCGGUGAAUUUGAAGUGGCAGCCGAAAAGCGUGAAUACAGCGGACAUCUCCAAAUAUAUUGUGGAGUUCAAGGAAAUGGACCCGCUCUUCAUUGAGCAAUGGCAGCAUGUCGAGGUGAAAGAUCCACCAACUUACACAGCUCUUAUCGAGAAUUUAAAGCCGGCCACCCGUUACUCUUUUCGAGUGAUAGCCGAAGGUACCGCCGGUCGCAGUGCUCCGAGCCAAGAGUUAGUGGUGCGCACCGAGCCACAACGCCCGGCCGGGCCACCACUUAAUCUCUCCGUUCGUCCGUUGUCUUCCACAGAGUUGCUUGUCAGUUGGUUGGCGCCGCUGGUCGAACUGCGUCAUGGCGAUAUACAAGGCUACAACGUCGGCUACAAGUUGGCCAGUUCGGGUAAUUCAGCUUACAACUUUACCUCGGUAUCCGGUGACGGCGAUGGCGGCACCGGUGAACUCUUGCUAAGUAGCCUACAGAAAUUCGCGCGCUACAAUGUGGUUGUACAGGCAUUCAAUCAAGUGGGUCCCGGCCCGCUUUCCGAACCGGUGUCGGCGCAAACCAUGGAGGAUGUGCCGAGUCGACCGCCUGAGGAUAUCCGUUGCGCAGCGUUGACCUCGCAAUCGCUGCAAGUUUCCUGGCAACCGCCACCGAUAUAUCACACCAAUGGACUGUUGCAGGGUUAUAAACUCAUUUUCGAGCCUAUUCUAGAUGACUUCUCACUCAACAAGGACGAAGUUGAAUCACGCAAGACAACCGCGCUGACCACGGUGCUGACGGGCUUACGUAAAUACACCAACUACAGCAUUCAAGUGUUGGCGCACACACGCAUGGGUGACGGUGCUCUAUCCAACCCAUUGUACUGUCACACUGAGGAGGAUGCGCCCGAAGCGCCCGCAGACAUUAAGGUGGUCGUUAGCACGCCACAAUCUUUGUAUGUGUCCUGGCUGCCACCAACAGAGCCGAAUGGGGUCAUCACAAAAUUCAACUUGUAUAUGCGUGUGGUAAAUGGCCGGGAGGAAUUGAACAACGAAAAACGAAGUCUGCCAUCGCAGCAAGUGCACUUCGAAGCGAAGAAUCUGCACCCACACAUCGAGUAUCAGUUUUGGGUGACCGCAUCGACGCGUGUCGGCGAAGGCAAGAGCUCACGUGUUGCAUCGCAAAUCACAACGAAUCGUGUGCCUGCGCGCAUUGUCUCAUUCGGCGGUCCGAUAGUGCGACCAUGGCGUUCAACGGUCACAUUGCCCUGCACGGCUGUGGGCAAGCCGAAGCGCGAGUGGUACAAAGCGGAAACGCCACUGCGACAAGGUGGUCUGCACAAUUCACAGUUACUCGACUCGGGCGACCUAAUCAUUUCGAGUUUGCAAAUUUCGGAUAGCGGCAACUACAGUUGUCAAGUGGACAAUGGCAUCGGCACAGACCGUCUCACGCAUGUGCUGCUUGUGCAGGUGCCGCCGUCGGCGCCGGUGCUUUAUGUAACCAGCGCAACUUCCAGCAGUAUUUUGAUGCACUGGAAGUGCGGAUUCACCGGCAAUGCACCCAUCACUGGCUACACGCUCUUCUAUCGGCGCGCCAACAGCAAUAUGGAUGAGAUGCUUUUGUCGCGUCACGCGUCAAGUCACGAGCUGAAGGGACUGGUUUGUGGUAGCACUUAUCAAAUCCAUUUGACUGCUCACAAUAAAGUGGGCACCUCACCGGCCAGCAUAACUCUCCACGUGCGCACUCAAGGCCAGUCCCCAGGUAUGCCUUCGACUACGAGCUUGAUUGCGCCCAACUCCACUUCGGUAUUAGUGCGGUUGCACACUUGGCCAGAUAAUGGUUGCCCCAUUCUCUACUUCGUUCUACAAUAUCGCCCAGUUACUGAUGAGGCAGAGCGUGACUGGAUACUGGUAUCCAACGCAUUGAAACCGCAACGUCGUUUCACCAUUUCCGGUUUGCAACCAUCGACUCUCUACCAGCUGCGCAUGGAGGCGCACAAUGUGGCCGGCGUAUCACAGGCCGAGUUCACAUUCGUCACACUCACCAAGGAUGGGGAGCAGCCACCGCCGGAGAUUGUACAGCGCGGCCAACGUGGCUCGAAGGUUUUCUAUGGCAAUGUGAAUCUAUUGAUACCGAGCAUCGCCACGUUGUCUGGCAUGAUUUGCACAAUUGCGCUGGUGGUCAUGUGCUAUCGACACAAGCAAGGUAACCGCAUACAAAAGGAAUCACUGGAAAAUCGGCAGAACUCAGAGGCUGCGCAACGGGAACGCUAUUAUGCCACCAUUCAUAAAGUGUCCAUGCAGAAUAACGACAAAAUACCGGAGACAUCCGAGGAUAUUUCACCGUACGCCACAUUUCAAUUAUCCGAGACGGGAAACAUGUCACAGCCACAUCACGCCGGCCCGGCUAAUACGCUUUUGCAUUCCUUCAUGUACCAUGAGCGUGCUCUGACCGAGGGCUGCUCGUCACCACCACCCGCAGCGGUACUAAAACCAACCCAACACCAAAACCACCACCAUCACCUCAACUAUCAUUACAACCACAGUCAACGUCCAUCAAUGACAAACUAUAAUCAUUAUCAGACCUCGCCAUUUCAUAAUAUCUCCUCGAAGAACCGGCGACGUCACUCGCGUAAAACGGAGCCGGAGAGCGAAGAGUCCGAAUCGGAUCAGGAUCAAUUGACCUCAAGCCGCACAGAGUCUUCCAAUCAGCACGAGGGAAAAAUCAAGCACAGUAUCAUCUACCAUGGAGCACAAUCAAGCACAUCCUCAGAUCUCUCACCAAUGUCCGAACAAAAGUCAUUGCCACGACGCGGUCGCUCAAGAGCUGGAGGUAUACGCGCCCUGCAUCCGUUGCAGCUGCAGGCUGAAUGCACCGUAUUGCCCAGCAGCGGAUUUCACCAGCUGCCCGUCGAGACCGAGCGCAUCGAGCUGUCCGAGGUGGAGUGCGAUGUGGACACACUGAAGAAACUGAAAUUGGGUAUGCGCUCAACGUUGUGGUCGAGACCGUCGUCGACCACCUCACAGCUGCAGCAAAAGCAACAGCAACAGCAGGAGACGCGCUGCGUGCAGCCGCCGCCGCAAAAGACCCAACAACAUGCUCAGCCGGCACAGCAGCAGCAGCAGCAACAACAACCACAACAGUCGCGACAACAACACUCGCCGGCACCAGCACAACAAAAAUUGCUGAGUGAGAAGUCCGAUUACUCGAUAUCCGUGUGAGAUUAGAAGUUGCAGCAGUUUUAAGCUUGUGGCAGACACAGUGGCCAAGUCGCCACACGCCACACAUAAAAGGGCUUGCUGCUACAUUAACGGUAAAUUGAUUAAUUUACUGGAAAUGUGUGUCAAAUAUCGGUGUUUGGUGAAUAACUUUUGCCGUGCACUUUCAACUGACCAACGGAGGGGUCUCGUACGAGGUAUAAAUACCAGUAGUGAAUGAGAAUGUUGAUGUUGUUGUUUACAUAAAUGCAUAGAUAUAGCAUCCCUUACUAAUUUCCCACGCGUUAAGAGUACCCUAUUUGUAAGAACCUUUGACUCCCACGAAAUUGUCACACCCCUCUCUUUUUCUCGCUGGAAACUCAACUCUGCACACGCCCACAAAGGAAUACAGAUGAAUUUAAACUUUCGGACAAUCAAUCAAAAUUUCUACAAGACUUAAAAUAAUAAUAUACACACGAACACACACACACGCACGCAAACAUUUAUCCAUUUUUGGUGAUGCCGCAUGUAAAAAUCAUUCCCACACCCCCGAAUGCUUAACCAAACUCUCAAACCAAACGCCCUCCCCACCACCUACCCAGCGUUUAGUUACUCUUUGUAUGUGUUGGUUAAUAUGUUAGUCAGUAAGUACUUGAGUCAACUUGAGGUUGUAUGUGCGAGGUUUUAUUUAAACACCUGCUUGUAUGUCCAAUAAAGUAAGAGGUAAGUCAUCGGCAUAACUGUUUAAGAUUAAGGACUGUACCAAAUCAUCUCAAAUGGAACGAAAUUAGAAAAUUAAGUGUAAAUAUCCAUUACCAGUUGGAAACCACGUUAAUUGUAUAUAUGUAUGCAAAUUCAUAUUGAUAUAUUUAACUAAAAUAGCGAAGAGUUGGCAUCAAUGUUUCAGCAUCAUAAGGUUGUCUAAAGCCGGCUUCCACGCAAGACGGCGCUAGAGCGCGCAUGCUCUGCCAAACACUUCGAUGCUUCUCACUUGCUUCUUGAAGCCAACUGCUCGUGAGCAUUUACUUUUGUGUUUAUCAUAAACUUAACUAUUUAUAUUUGUAUUUGUAAAUGUGUAUAAAUUAUAGGUUAAGUAAUGAGACUUUAAUGAAAGCAUAUUGUUUGUAAUAAUUUUUAUACUGACUGAUGUUACAAAAGUAGCUAUUGACAUACAAUACGAUUAACUAAAUCCGCGUAUAAGACACAUUGCGGUACUUGCCGCUUUCUCACUGUAACAGACUACUAUUUACCGUAUGUAUAUCAAGUAAUACUUAAUACUCAUAUUUUUAACAGUCGAAAUUCAAGCAACAACUACUCGUUACUCGUAACACGUUAGACAAGUUUCAAUAUGAUUAUUUAUGGGCAUUCGGAGAACUACUAGGGUCCUCAUUUACAUAUAUUAUUAUUGUAUUUGCUUCGGUAAUAAAUAUUGAUGGAAUGUGGAACCAAAUAUUUAGUAUGUACAAAAUAUUGUAGAUAAAUAUAAAAAGUAGUAAUAACUUAUUGUUAAUGGAGGAGAAUUUUAAAUUUUGAGCGCAAGCUGAAAAUGAGUAAAAAGUAUUAACAGAAUUGCAUUUAUUUAUAACAGUAUUCACACAAGCAAUGUUUAUACUUCAAUAUUCGAUGAACCUCAAGUUUCGGAAUUCUUAAAACAAAACAAAGAUAUUACAUUUUUAUAGAGCAAAUCAAACUCACAUAAUGCUGGAGACAAAAGAGAGCAGCAUUAUGUCAAUUUAAUGAACGAUAAAAUGAGAACGAUGACAUGAAAAAUUAAAAAAUCCAA